AUGGCAGGCAGACGGCUCGUCGAUGCCGCGAAGCUCUUCAAUGCCUCCAAGUCGAUAACACAGAAGCACAUUGCGCUGCGAUCCAACCAACUCGAGAAAUUCAACAAGACAUCGAGCUUAGCCAAAGCCGUCAAGAACCAGACUGACCGAGUCACACUUACGGCAGCUGCGGCAAUCGAACUCUCGAAACGCUUCAGCGAAGAAGCUCCGGCGUAUGCCAGAGCUGCUGCACAACAGGCGACAGGCACAUCCAAACCGCACGAGGAUAUACCGCGAAGAGAAACAGUAGAACGAAAUACUGGCGUACCAGGGAAGGAGGAGGGCCUACAGCAAGAUCACCACUAUGAACGGUCUGAGCAGAAUUCGGCUAUAAGGCCCCCACCAGAGGCAGAACUCGAGGUUGAGCAGGAAGAAGCGCUAAGGCGGCCACUGCCGGAUGGAACUAUUCCAACAUCUGGCGUGACGCUGGAGGAGGAGAGGGGCCAAGACACUUUCCCGGCGCGGCCACUUGGAGAAACUCCGAAAGAGCCUCUAAUCGACGAGAAGCACGACCCAGCUCGACACGAAGACGUUGGUAUCAAACCAGUAGAGUCCGACGAGACCACGAUACCACUACCGGGCCAGCCAAGAGCAACAAGACAGGCGAGUGACAUACAUGUGGAUGAUCAGCAGUUGAAUCAGGAUGUCUUCUACAAGCAGGAUACAAGACAAGUUCCUUUAGAGCAAGAGGAACUACCUGAAGGCAUCAAUACAGAUAUAUUCCACUCGACACGAGUCAAACAGAUGCUUGGAAGCGACCCAGACUCACGCAAGGAGCUGAAGAACAAGCAGAACCAGCCCGAGAAGCUCGAAAAGCCCGAGAAGCCCACACAGCCAGCGCAGACACAGACGACCGAGAAGGAGAUGCAGAACUUGGCAUCACAAUUGGCUCAAGACGCGCAGAGCAACACGGCGACAACUGAAUAUGCCGGUUUAGGAACAAGCAUGGCCCUGGGCGCUGUGGGUGAAAGCCUUCGACGCGUGACAGGCAGUGCUGCCUCAACGGGUGGUUCUCUCAUGCUCAGCCCGGGCAACAUCGAAAUACUAGUGUCGAAACUUUCCAAGAUGCGAGGCGCUGCUCUCAAGCUUGGGCAGAUGAUCAGCAUCCAGGAUAUGAAGAUGCUUCCACCACAGAUACACGACGUUUUGCAGCGAGUGCAAGAUAGUGCGGACUAUAUGCCAGCAUAUCAACGCAACAAGGUUCUUACGAGCAAUCUGGGCGAUAAUUGGCGCGACCUGUUCGAUUCCUUCGAAGAUGUCCCCAUCGCAGCAGCGUCAAUUGGGCAAGUCCACAAAGCAGUGCUCAAAUCCAAUGGACAAGCAGUAGCUGUAAAGAUACAAUAUCCUGGGGUCGCUAGCUCCAUUGAUUCCGACCUCAACAACCUCUCCGUACUUCUGACUGCAUCUCGUCUUCUUCCAAGGGGAUUGUUCCUCGACAAGACUAUCGCGAAUGCACGCACGGAGCUAGGAUGGGAGUGCAACUACACGCGCGAGGCGGAAUGUCAGAUGCGAUUUCGGGACUUCCUUGCAGACGAUACGGACGUUUUUACUGUUCCUAAGGUCUUUUUUGAAGCAAGCGGGCCUACUGUCCUCACUGCAAAACUCAUGCACGGCGUUGGAGUGACCAAGCUCAAGACCUUGAAGCAAGAGCAGCGCGACUGGAUUGGCACACAGAUCUUGCGACUGUGUCUGCGAGAAAUCGUCGAGUUCAAGUUCAUGCAAACUGAUCCCAACUGGACGAAUUUCCUGUAUAACGCCAAAGCACAAAAGGUCGAACUUCUCGAUUUUGGUGCAUCACGCGAGUAUCCCGACGAAUUUGUUGGACCCUAUGUCAAUAUCCUCAUUGGCGCCUCGCAAGGAGAUCGCAAUGCUAUCCGCGAUGGCUCCAUCGAGCUUGGGUACCUGACAGGAGACGAAUCUCCCACCAUGCUGGACGCACACAUCCAAUCCGUCCUGACCCUCGCAGAACCUUUCAAAGCCGACGGCCCGGAGAUCUACGACUUCAGAGACCAGACGAUCACGGAUCGCGUGCGCGAAUUGAUCCCAGUAAUGGUGAAAGAGCGCCUCGCCCCUCCACCCGAAGAAACAUACUCCCUGCAUCGCAAACUCUCCGGCGCAUUCUUACUCUGCGCAAGACUGGGAAGUAGAGUCCCGUGCCGCGAGUUGUUCAGUAAAGCUAUAGCAACGUGGGAGGGAAAGGGUAAAAUUCUAUAA